GCGAACUGUCAAGACGUUUUUACUUUUGGGAGAAUGUAGAAACAUUGAUUUACACGUUUUAUAUCGUUGUUUUUCUGAGAUUAUUUACUUUGUUUAUGAAGAUUAGAGUGUGGGCCGUCUAACUGUCACACGAUGGCAGCCACGGCGCAGGUAGAGUUGUCGGUGGGCGAGUUGCAGGCGGAGAUCGAGAGGCUCAGCCGCGAGCUGGACCAGGCCAGCAGCGAGAAGAUCCAGUCAGCGCAGCUGGGGCUGGUGCUCCUCGAGGAGAAGAGCUCGCUACAGCAGCGCUGCGACGAGCUCGAGACCCUCUACGAGAACACGCGCCACGAACUCGACAUCACACAAGAGGCUCUUAUGAAACUAGACUCGACACAGAAAGUAACCACUCAAAGUGGAAUAGAACAAGAAAAUGCCCUCCUCAAUGAGUCAGCAGCGAUGGAAAGCUCACUCACAUUGCAGAUCCUGGAACUUGAGGGAGAGACUAAACAGUUACGUCACGAGCUAGAGCGGGUAAUAAGCGAGCGGGACCGCCUUCUCGCCGAGAGCUCGGAGCUCGGCGCGGACAAGGCGACCAGGGAGUCUGAGAGGGCGGCCCUCCGCGCGGAGCUGCGGGAGGCUCGCCAGAGGGAGCAACGACUGCUCGUCGACAUCGGGGACUUGGAAGACGAGAACAUCUCCUUGCAGAAACAAGUGUCCGCGCUGCGGUCCUCACAGGUCGAAUUCGAAGGUCUAAAACAUGAAGUGCGUCAACUGCGCGAAGAAGCAGAGAACGCGCGCGCGGCGGCAGACGAAACCGCGGCGCUGCGACGCAUCGCCGAAAGACAGCUGGCUGAGGCGCUGGAGGCGCUGCAGGCCGAGAGGGAAGCCAAGUUUGCUGCCAAGAAGGAGCUCGACGCACACCUCAGCAGGGAAGCAGCCUACAACAUCACUAACCUGGCGUACAGUAUACGAGGUAUGCCAGACGACGGCACGGAAGAAGAGAGCGAAGCCGGCGGUUCGGGUGCGGCCGACCUGGGCGCCAUGGCAGAUCACCACGCAGACCUGUUCUCAGAGGUGCACCUGCACGAGAUCUCGCGCCUCGAGAAGCAGCUCGAACAGGCGCACAACGAGAACAGCCAGCUAUCAGCGUCGAUGCGUGCGGCGCAGACAACGGCCGAGACUGAAAGCGCGGCCGCCGCCGUCCUACGCGCCGGCCUCACUCGCGCCACCUCCAGGAUCACUGCCUUGCAUGCCUUGCACGGGGACUGUGCUCCACUGGAGGACGAGAAGGUGGAGGGCGGCGUGUCAGCGCGCGCGGCCAAGUGGCUGACGUGGUGGCGCGUGUCGGGCGGCGAGCUGGCGGGCGUGGCGGCGCUGCUGGGCGAGCUGGCGGCGGGCGCGGCGGCCGACGCGGGCGCGGCCAACGCGGCGCGGCAGCAGCUGGCCGCGCUGUGCGACCGCGUGGCCGAGGCCGAGGUGCGCGCCGCCGCGCUGCAGGCCGACGCCGACCUGCUGCGGACGCUGGCCGGAGGCGCGGGCCGCGCGCUGUCGUCGGCCGCGCCGGCGCUGGCCAGCGCGGCGGAGGCGCUGGCGCAGAUCUACCACCACGUGUGCGCCGUUAACGGCACGCAGCCCGAGCGGCUGCUGCUCGAACACGCCGGCCAGCCGCAUGCGGCGUCGGAGGACCGCACGGUGGAGGACGAGGCGCUGGCGCUGGCGGCGGGCGAGCUGGAGGGGCUGCGCGCCGCGGGCGGCGUGGCGCGCUCCGCAGACACGCUGCUGGACCAGCUGACGCACCUGCGGGCCGCGCUCGACACCGCGCUCGACUCGCGCAACAGGCACCAGCCAGUUAUGGAAACGGAAGAACGCGGAGCUGAACUAGCCGAACUCCAGGAGCAAGUGAUCAAACUGAAGUCGCUCCUCUCCACCAAGCGCGAACAGAUCGCGACACUGCGCACGGUGCUCAAGUCCAACAAAAACACGGCCGAGGUCGCGCUGGCUAAUCUCAAGAGCAAGUACGAGACCGAGAAGACUAUUGUCACCGAGACGAUGUUGAAGUUGAGAAACGAACUGCGCUUGUUGAAGGAAGACGCUGCGACGUUCUCAAGUCUCCGCGCGAUGUUUGCGGCCCGCUGCGAGGAGUACGUAACGCAAGUAGACGAGCUGACGCAGGCUCUCGCCGGCGCCGAGGAGGAGAAGAAAACGCUCAACCAGCUGCUGCGGCUCGCCGUGCAGCAGAAACUGGCGCUCACACAGCGGCUCGAGGAACUAGAGGUGGACCGCGAGAUGCGCACGCGGCGCGUGCCCAAGCCGGCGGGCGCGGCCCGCAGCCGGCCGCGGGACUUCUAGCGGCUGCUGGGCGCGCUGAAGGCGGCCGCG